AUGCGUAAAUUCAUUGGCAUACCGACACUUUUUCGCGGAUUAAGUGAGUUCCCGUCUGGACCGGGAAAUACUCCAAACACAGAGGAGGCUGGAACUGGUUUGAUCUUUCCACAGAUUAUUAUCAAUCAGGCAUCGGGUUUACGUGUGUGUUAUCGAAAGGCAGAACUCCUAUUCACCCGACUAGAAGCUACAUUGGAACCGUUUCGCGAAUGGGUUGUUCUGGGACAUCUGAAUCUGGACGACCUGGUGGACUCACAUUGUCGCGAGUUGGUCGAUUUUGAGCGCAAUUUCAAGGGACUAAAGACACGCGGCAGGGAUGCAGAAAAGUUACCGAACGAGAUUCGCAUCGACUGUAUCACAGUGAAUUGUGUCCCGAUCAAAAUGGCCAUCGAGGGAUUGCUACAGAACUUGUUUGAAGCGUUGCAAAUAUGCCUUAGACGCUCCAUUCAAGGUGACCUGGUGGCGGCUGAUGCAUUUCUGACCGAUGCUCUGGAUAAGCUGUCCCAACGUCCACAAACAGUCGAUGAACUCAGUGAGGCCAAAGCUCGUCAGAAUGAGUUUGCCAAGUCUCGUAAUCGUCUUGUGGAACAGUUGACCUGUGCAGAAGCCAAAGAUCGACUGUUACGCAGUGUGGCCGGUAACGGUGUCUCGGCUGUCGGUACAACAAAGGCGAAAUGGGAGAAAUUUCAAAUGAUGAUGGAAAGUUUCCGACUGAUGAUGGACGAACAGUUGGAGGUACGACUUCAUCGCAUUCAUGGAUCGUACGUUAUGAAAUCAAAUGUACAGGCUCGCACAACCGCCUACUUUACUGCCCUGGAGAAAUUCAUCAGUCGUUGGAAUCAGUUUAAACCAGGUCGCGAAUUGUUGGACUGUGGAGACCAUGAAUCUUGCAAAGAAGCAGUUCGCCUAGUCAGAGAACGCCAAGCUGAGUUUCGAGAUCUGGAGGCAUCUCGAGCGAGUCUAAUGUAUGUUUAUCGCUUCCUCUUUUUCUCCGUUGCUCAAGAUUAUGAAAUCGUGUUCUUUUUGUGUAAUUUUAUGGUUAUACUACUAUCCCAAAGUCGGUUUACUUUCGAGUGUUUGUGCCAGUGCUCCGAUAGAAUCAAAUGUACGGUGCGAUUGAUUCAUCGUGUACCAUCGUCUCGUGCCUCUCACCCGUGA